UCUAUUGCUUCUCUCUUAUUUUUGGUGUCAUUGAAAUAAAGAAUGGAGACCUCUAUUUAUAGUAAGAGAUGUCAUUCAACUACUAUAAAGAAGAUGUCUUGUUGUUGAUUUAGUCCUAUAUUUUUUCAACAAAGUUAGACACCUACCAUUUUAUUCGACAAAGUUAUCAACAAAGUUAGGCGCCUCCCAUUUUCUUCAACAAAGUUGUCAACAAAGUUAGGCGCCUCCCAUUUUCUUCAACAAAGUUGUCAACAAAGUUAGGCACAUCCCAUUUUCUUCAACAAAGUUGUCAACAAAAUUAGGCACCUCGCAUUUUCUUCAACAAAGUUGUCAACAAAGUUAGGCACAUCCCAUUUUCUUCAACAAAGUUGUCAACAAAAUUAGGCACCUCGCAUUUUCUUCAACAAAGUUGUCAACAAAGUUAGGCACCUCCCAUUUCCUUCUUUAUUUUUCUUUAAUAUGAGCCCCACAGUGAAAAUCUUGAGUGUUCUAUUGAGAGGCAAGAAAUUUAUUCAUUUAAUAAAUAUUUGUUUCGCUUAUAGACAUCCAUUUGCAGGAGCAUCAAGUGGUAUUAGAUCUGAAACCAGCCGUGUUCUUGCUCUGCGAGGAGUUCAUGUUAUCAUGGCUGUCAGGAAUAUGGCUGCUGGAAAAGAUGUUAAAGAAGAAAUAGUUAAGGAAAUCCCUGCUGCUAAAGUUGAUGUAAUGGAGUUAGAUCUUAGGUCAAUGGCAUCCGUAAGGAAAUUUGCGGCUGGCUUUAUAUCAUCGGGUCACUCGUUGAACAUGCUAAUUAAUAAUGCAGGAGUGGGGGGGAAUUCCCUUUAUGCUUUCCAAAGACAACAUAGAGCUGCAAUUUGCCACAAAUCAUCUAGGUACGGCUGUUUGUUAUACGUAUGUUUCUGCGCAAUAUAUCGAUCACAGAAUGAGGAACAACAUAAUUGGACCAUUCUAUGAGGAGAAGAUAUAUUUUUUAUGUUUGCAGUAAAAGAGAGCUCGAAAUAUUUGUAUCUUUUUUCAAUUCUAGCAACAGUUCAUUUUAAAGAAUAAAGCAUCUAAUCUAAAUGUAUCUCCGUUCCUAUUUUUACUGAAAUGAAGAUUCAGUUCUCACUUAAAAGGAGAUCAAUAGUCAAUUCUCAAUAAUGUCAUUUUAGGUACGGCUGUUUGUUAUACGUAUGUUUGUUAUACGUAUGUUUCUGCGCAAUAUAUCGAUGAUUUGUCAUGUCAAAUGAUAAGUUUAACUUUCGUGUUUCCUGUUCUAUAGGGAGCAUCAACCACCUGUUAUCUUGCAUUACAUCCACAAGUGAAGGGGGUAAGUGGUGAAUAUUUUCAGGACAACAAUUUGGCCACGCCAACAGCGAUGGCUAAGGACAUGGAUUUGGCUAAGAAACUCUGGGAUUUUAGUAUGGAUUUGGUCAAGUAACAUCUAACAUGCAUGUACCAAUACAACAGAAAAGCAACUUUGUAUUUUUUAGUUUUUUUUUAUCUUAUUGGAGAUGGAUUUCGGGGAAUAUUGUUACUAUAUCAUUUAUUUAGGAGAAAUCGAGAGAGGAUUAAGAACACAUGUAUUAUACUUGUGAACAAAUUCGAUGAGAAGAAAAGACCAAUUUUCUUUUU